ACGAAGGUCCGAAGCAAUGAGAGGCAGAAACUUACCAUGCAACUACUCAAGACGAAGAACCAUUCAGCUUGUUGUUGCUUAAAAGUUUUAUUUUAACUUUAUUUGUAUUUUAAGAAACUUUUAUAACUAAUCAUGGCAUUUUUAAUAUACCUGACUAUGCUGACAACAGCUGCGAUCACACAGGUGGCUGCCAGCUGCCCAGCAGUGUGUGAAUGCCCUGCACAGCCCCCGGUGUGCCCUCUGGGUGUUAGCAUCGUGCCAGACAGGUGUGGCUGCUGCAAGGACUGUGCUGCACAGCUCAACCAAGACUGCAGCUUCAUGAGACCUUGUGACCACCACAAAGGGCUCGAGUGUAACUAUGGCAAUGACGUGACAAUGGCCUGGGGCAUCUGUCGAGCUAAAUCAGAAGGACGCACAUGCGAGUACAACAGCAGGAUCUACCAGAAUGGCGAGAGCUUCCAUGUCGGCUGUAAACACCACUGCACCUGCAUCGAUGGAGCCGUUGGCUGCACUCCUCUUUGUAGCAACAAGUUGCCACCAGCGUCACCAUCCUGUCCCUCUCCACGGCUGGUCAAGAUACCGGGACAGUGCUGCUUCAGUGUUGACUGCCAUAAGGGCACCUGGCCUCUUCCGUUCAAGUAUCAGAUACCUUCACUAAAAACUAAAGUGAAAGUGAAACAACCCAGAGUUUGGCACCAUCCUGCCCUGCAUCGCCCUGAAAAUGAGCCGAUUCUGGCCAACCAGCUGACAGAGGUCAACCCGAGCAGCUGGGCGAGCGAACAGGGCUACAAACACCUGCCUGACUGGAACACUCUGAAGGAGAAGAAAUGUCCUGUCCAGAUUACUAACUGGUCCCAGUGCUCCCGCAGCUGUGGGAUGGGUGUUUCUUCCCGCAUCACUAACAAGAACCCUCAGUGCAGGCUGGGGAAAGUGAUGAGAAUCUGCACUAUACGGCCGUGCCACGGCCUGACCGUCUCUGCCAAGAGAGAUAAGAGCUGCUACCCGACUCAGAAAGCCCCAGAGCCCAUUAACCUGACCUACGGGGAGUGUAGGAGCGCCCGUCUCUACCGGCCCAACUACUGCGGCGUGUGCACGGAUGGACGAUGCUGCUCGCCACGCCGCACACGCACUGUGCCCGUCACGUUCGUGUGCCCGGAUGGAGAUCGCUUCCAGAGGUUGGUCAUGUUCAUCCAGUCGUGCAAAUGCAGCAACGACUGCGACCACCUCAACGAGGUCGCCCUUCCUCCGCAGCACUGGAUGUAUGGAGACACUCACAAAUUCAUUGACUAGGGCUGCAAGUUUCUGUUGUUUUAUAACGUAUGAAUGUAAUAAGGACACUUAAAUGACAAGGAGCCAUAUUUCUCAUUUGGUUUCAAGAGCAUGAAGGCCCCCCAGCGAGGAAAGCCUUGGUAAUAGUCAUAAAGACAACCCAUAUUUUAACGUGUGACCAGAGUGGGUUGUGAACUCGCCUGCUCCUGUUUAAUCUGACGUGGGACCCAAAUUAGAGCCCUGAAAAGCCCUGGACUUCCUGCUGAUUGCUAGUUCAGGUGUGGAGGAUUUGAGACACUCUGAUCAGCCCGGGAGAAGAAACACUACAAAAGCAACAAAGCACUUUACUUGGCACUGAAAUCUGGAGCUGUAAUAACACGAUCGCCUUAUAUUGGUGAUUAUCUCGUGUCCCGUAGUGCAGAGACUACUCAGACGACUGUUUUCUGUUGAAAUCUACAAAUAUAUAAAAACAGUAUGUGGUUAAGACUUUAUUAUUAAAUAUUCAAAAUCAGCACACAAGUUCUGAAUAUAAACACAGGCACCAGGAUGCCUUUAAAUUGUAUGCUGCCAUGCAGAAUUAACAAUGACAUGGUUUCCCUGUAACGCAGACCAUUAGAUGAACAGCACUACCUUGACCUGAUUUCUCUUUGCAUUAGAAUGACACACCUGUUUGUGCCGAAUAUUUAUGCUGGAUCAUAUUAUUCUGUCAAAACAUGUCUUUUGGACCGAAGCUGUACAAUUGUCACAUUUAUAUAGUUUUAUGAAUCAAGAUGCUGCAGAGAAACCUUCAGAAGUUUUGUUGGUCCAUCCAUGUGAUAAAACUGGCUUCUAUGCUCAUA